GCUUUCACUGACCAAAACGAAGAAGAAGAGAGAAGCACUUCCGUCAGUCAGAGGUUACCAUUUGAAAACAUGGAUGCUAAAAAGGAGAAUAAAGAAUCGAGCUACAUAAUGGAGGACGAUGGAGAUAUUGGAUCUGUUAUGGGAUUCUCUGGGUUUGGUAAGAAAGCGCGCACAUUUGACAUCAAUGCCAUUUUUGAGCAGACCAGACGAACUGCAAUUGAAAGGAGUCAGCGUGUGUUAGAGGAACGAGAGAAGGAAGCUCAGAUGGAGGUGGAAGGCGAGAGCUCCAAGUCGAUUAAAACCUCAGUUCAAAGUGAGGGAACCAAAGCUUCUGCUGGGGCCUCCAGAGCAAACAAAAGUGGGAGCAGCAGUGAUGACAGUGAAUCUGACUCGGAGGUCAUCGGGCCUCCGGCGCCUCCUCAGUCUGCUGCUCAGGAGGACGAUGAGCUUGUGGGACCACCUCUUCCUCCUGGUUACACUGGCAACACUGCAAACAGUGACGAUGAUGAGGAUGACGAAGAAGCAACACAAGAGGAUGAUGAUGAUCCAGUGAAAAAAAUUCCAGACACUCAUGAGAUUAUCCUGCAGCACGGCACCAAGACGGUAUCGGCUAUGGCCUUGGACCCCUCUGGGGCCCGUCUGGUGACCGGUGGCUACGAUUAUGACGUGAGGUUCUGGGACUUCGCCGGGAUGGACCAGUCUCUGCAGGCCUUCCGAUCCCUGCAGCCCUGUGAAUGCCAUCAGAUCAAGACCCUGCAGUACAGCAUCACUGGUGACGUCCUGCUGGUGGUUUCUGGUAACGCACAGGCUAAAGUCCUGGACCGGGACGGCUUCAACGUCAUGGAGUGUAUAAAAGGAGACCAGUACAUCGUGGACAUGGCUAACACCAAGGGCCACACAGCGAUGCUGAACAGUGGUUGCUGGCAUCCUAAGAUUAAAGAGGAGUUCAUGACCUGUUCAAAUGAUGGCACCGUGCGUACGUGGGACGUGAAGUCGGAGAAGCAGCACAAGUCCGUGUUCAAGCCACGCUCUUUUCAAGGGAAGAAGGUCAUCCCCGUAUGCUGCACCUACAGCCGCGAUGGAAAGCUCAUUGCGGCGGGAUGUCAGGAUGGAAGCAUCCAGAUCUGGGACAGGAACUUAAGUGUUCACACAAAGUUCCACUGUCGGCAGGCACAUGCCGUAGGAUCAGACACCUCCUGCCUCAGCUUUUCCUAUGACGGCGUGACUCUUGCUUCACGAGGAGGUGAUGACACUCUGAAGGUUUGGGACAUACGGAAUUUCAGGAAGCCGGUGAAUGAAGCUUCUGGACUGACCAACUACUUUGCUAUGACCGACUGCUGCUUUAGCCCAGACGACAAGCUUCUUCUGACAGGGACGUCUGUGAAGAGAGAAGAGGGCUCUGGGAAGCUGGUCUUCUUUGACAGGCUUUCCUUUAAGAGGGUCUAUGAAAUAGAGGUCACCAAUGCAAGCGUCGUCCGCUGCCUCUGGCACCCAAAGCUUAACCAGAUCAUGGCGGGUACUGGGAACGGACUGGCCAAGGUUUACUAUGAUCCAGUUAAAAGCCACAGGGGUGCGAAGCUGUGUGUUGUCAAGAGCCAGCGCAAAGGGAAGCAUGCAGAGACAUUAACACAAGAUUACAUCAUCACACCUCAUGCCUUACCCAUGUUCAGAGACGCCAGACAGAGGAGUACACGGAAACAGCUGGAGAAGGACAGACUCGACCCGAAGAAAUCCCACAAACCCGAGCCUCCCGUGUCGGGACCAGGCAGAGGAGGAAGAGUAGCAGCACACGGAGGAACUCUGUCAUCUUUCAUCGUGAAGAACAUCGCUUUAGAUAAAACGGAUGACAGUAACCCGCGAGAGGCCAUCCUGCGUCACGCCAAGGAAGCGUCAGAGAACCCGUACUGGGUUGCACCAGCCUACAAACAGACCCAGCCGGAGCCCGUGUUUGCCGAGGAGUCGGAUGAGGAUGAGGAAGCUGACAAAGAGCCAGAGUGGAAGAAACGCAAAAUCUAAAAAUUCCACAGUAGCUCAUUUUAUACAAGAUGUCAGAGGGGAUGGACACUUUUUACUCUGAUUUUUUUAAAGAAAAAACUCUUUUAAUUUUGGUCUGCAGGGGAAACAUAAAUCCACUCUCAGCAUAAAAGCUUGAUGGAGCUUCUUACAGGUUUAUGCUCUACUUUCAAACCCGUUGGAGGAGCUUUUAUGUCUGUUUUGAUUGCGCGGACUGUAUUUCCAUAACUUCCAUUGUUCUCCCAUGUCACAUUUCCUGAGUUUGCCAAUGCGUUGUAAAUCAGCUCCAGAUUUUGCGGCCUGGUGCUGUUUAUCAUCACAUAUAACAGCUUGCAGACUGUAAAUCACAAAGAUAAAAUAAAAAAAAAUUAAAAGAAAGUUCUGCUUAUUUUGUGUGCAAACAUUUUUUUUAAUGUUUGAGAGCUAUUUUCUUCUCUAUUUAAAAAAAAAAAAGAAUUUAUUGUCAGAAGUUGAUGGAUUUCAUCUCGAGUGGAGUGGACUCAGUUUACCUGCUGAUCAAAGAAAUACCUUUCCUGUGAGGCAUUAGCACAAACCUGCAGGCGAUUUAUGCUUAACCUUCAGCGUUUUACAGCGUAGACAUUGGAGAUUGUUCCAAAAUGCUGCAGUUUGUGGUCAUUUACAUGUGUAGCUUUCUAAUGGUUCCUGGUUUUAAGCGUUUUAGUCCGAUGAUGAAAGGUUAACCUGCCUCUUGCUCUGACAUGACCGAGCGUUCAGAACCAAACGAAUGAGUGAAUAAAAAAAUUCACACUUGGCUCUA